AUGCUGACGACCUCCAGCCCUAUCAUCUUCUAUGACAUCGCCACAUGCCCCCCCGUGUCACCCAACUCUUGGAAGACCCGAUUGGCACUCAACUUCAAAUCUCUCCCCUACUCGACCUCAUGGGUUGGUUUACCCGACAUUGCCAAAGUCCGCAGCAGCCUCAAAGUACCCGCCUGCCGCAAAUUCGCCGAUGGCACCGACUUUUUCACCCUACCUAUCAUCCAGGAUCCCGCCACUGGCUCGUUAGUCGGCGACUCCUUUGAUAACGCCGCACCGGCCCUCUUCCCGGCUCAGACGAUCGACUACUGUCCCGACAGUGAAUUCCCGGAAUACGCCAAGUUCAAUGUGAACGUCGACGCGGCCUUUAGCGCUCAUGUACAGUUUACGGUUCAGGGGUUUCCAUUCGACCCUGCUACGGCUGAGAUCAGUAAGGCGGAAUUCUGCCGGCGCGCGGGUGUUACCUGCUGGGAGGACCUUGCGUUGGCUGGUGAGGCGCGAGAGAAGAUGAAGGAUUCGCUCCGGGAUAUGCUAGAUGGCCUGGGUAAGCUUUUCUUAAGGGAUACUAGCGGGCCCUUUACACUCGGGACAAGGGCUAGCUAUGCGGACUUUAUUGUCGGUAGGAGUGAAUGGGAGGAGGUAAGGAGUUGGCAUGGGGGUCUCUUUGGGCGUUUGCAUGAUGCGUUGGAGGUAUAUGCGGAGGUGGGAUAG